AUGUUCUACAUAAGGCAGAUGGAGGAGAGGAUUGUGCUGGAGCCAAAGUACCUGGGAAAGAAAAUAGAGGAAACUGUAAGAAAAAGACUAGUCUCUGAGGUGGAGGGCAAGUGCAUGGCAGAGUGCGGAUACAUUAUUAGCAUCAUCUCCAUAGACAACUUGUACACAACAGAAAUUGACAGCGCCACUGGGUCUGGCACUUUUCUGGCAGAGUACUCGGCGCUGACUCUUUUCCCAAAGAAGAACGAAGUGGCAAAUGCUGUAGUUCAUGAGAUAAACAAGAUGGGGGUAUUUUGUUAUAUAGGCCCACUCUCUGUGUUUAUAAGUAUACAUCAGUUGUCUGGGCAGUUUAUAGAAGCAGGCGCGCACUCCAGCAUAAUUCAGCACGACGGGGGAUCUGCAAUAGUAAAGGACAGCAUUGUACGGCUGAAGCUCAUAGGAGUGAAAAUUGAGCCAACAAAAAUAUUCGGGGUAGCCACGAUAAAUGAUGACUACUUGGGAAAUAUUCAGUAG